AUGGGUGCUGCUUAUCAUAUUUUGGGUAGAACGGUUCAACCGCAUCAACUCUCUAUUGCCACUAUUUCCGCUGUCGUUUUGCUCGCAUUGCCAAACCCAUUUGCAACCAAAGUGCCUAAAAAACCAGAGGUGAAGGCCGCUUCUGCCGAAGAGGAGAAGUUCAUUGCCAACUAUAUCAAAGAGCACACCGCUAAAGCUGAAAAGCAUUGA